AACAAUCAAUUAGGAAAACUUGACCAAUUCUUGCUAACUGCCAGAGUCAUUCGCUGCCAGAGGCUGGCUCGAAGACAUGUUCUUAACGUUUUGUGUGCUGCUGUUGCUGAGCGCGGCGUGCGCGGACCCUGACCCUAGCUUCGGAUUUAAUUUUCACAACUUGAAAGAUGACAUCUACGAGCAGCCUGUGAAUCUUAUGUCACCGAAGAAAGUCCCGCAUAUGAAGGGCGACCUGGAGCGCGGGUCCGAGCCGUGGGCGCCGUACGACAUGGCGGGGAAGGCCGAGGAGCUGGCAGACGACGCGCCCGAACACAACAGACUUAAACGGCGAGCCAAGCGGCGGCGCGGACGCGUGCAAAGACGUCAGGGCCGCACCGGAGCUCCACCGAAAGAGGGGAAUGGCAGCGCGGCGACCGAAGUACCGGUGGCGCGCCGCAGCAGCCACCGCCGACGCAAGGAGAAGAAGCCUCAAUACGACACCUGGCUUGGACCCGACCAGAGGAGGACUGAGGAUGGGAAGUACGUAGAGAUGCCGAAGGACCUGUACCAGGCUCACCUGCGGCCCGGCGUCAUCUUCCGUAUACACAUGUCGGAGGCCAUCCUUAAGAUGCAGUACCGGAACUACGGCGAAGACAAGGACGAGUCCGUGAUCGAGGCCGACGUGGAGUACCUCCGUCUCACGCGCAAGGUCAUCAACGACGAGAUCACCAAGUUCGAGGACCUGCGCUGGCUGGUCGGAUGGUUCCGGAACCGGUCGCUGCUGGUGCAAGAGCAUACCUGCAACACUCGCUACCUCGCCGUCGGCAUCCCCCCAACAAUCUGGACGCACCCUGAGGAGUACAUGAAACGCAUGUGCCUCUUCGACAACGUGUACCUCGACCACAUCCCUUACGUGGUCGGCGAGGACAGCUCUUUGAUGGCGGCCGUCGCUCCCCCCGUGUUACACUGUGACGCUUCUACUUGCACCAGCGUACCGUUCAUUGACAGUGUGAUGUUCGACGAGAAGCUAGAGCGCACGAACGUGCGCACAACGACCCGCUGCCAGGCGAGCUGCCGCGCGCACUGCCGCAACGACCCGGACUGCCUCAAGCGCUGCUCCGACCGCUGCUUGCGCGCCGAUUGAUUCACUUAUUAUAUUGUAUAAACUUGAUUAUA